GAAAAAGCCUGGAAUACUUCAGUCUGUGGUUGAGCCUGUUUGACCACAUCUGCUACGAAGGAGAUGAGAUUCUUUGCAGUGUAGAGAAAUCAUAUUUUUACUUUUACUUUUUGGGACCAGCUGACACAUUUCUUAAAUGGCUGAGGAGGUUUUAAUUCCACCGUCGGGGAAAAUCACUUCGCACCUCACUGCCUCUUUGCUGGCAGUGGCGUUCCUUACCUCCUUUGGGAGCUCUAUGCUUUAUGGAUACAAUCUGGCUGUGGUAAACUCCCCUGCUGUGUACAUCAAGGACUUCUACAACAAGACAGUGGUGGGACGCAAUGGAACAGGACUCAGUGAGGAGACCCUGACCCUCAUGUACUCUCUCACUGUGUCUGUAUUUGCUGUUGGAGGUCUGUUGGGCUCACUCAUUGUGGGAAUGCUGGUCACACGCUAUGGCAGGAAGGGGACAGUGGUAAACACAACAGUGUUGGUGUUUAUUGCUGGUUUACUUAUGGGCUGUAGCAGGAUAUGUGGGUCACCUGAGAUGAUCAUCAUUGGCCGUUUCAUCACAGGAAUCCACUCAGGCAUCUCUCUAAGUGUGGUACCAAUGUACUUGGGUGAGAUAGCACCGAAGAACUUGAGAGGUUUCCUUGGCCUUGUGCCGAGCAUCUUUAUUGGAACUGGAGUUUUUGUUGCCCAAAUCCUCGGUCUACAUGAGCUUCUAGGAAAGGAGGAGCACUGGCCCCUCUUUCUUUCAGUGAUUGCUGUACCCACUUUCAUCCAGCUGAUGUUGUUGCCAUGGUUCCCAGAGAGUCCCAGGUACCUGCUGAUUGAGAAGCAUAACAUCCACGCUACCAUCAGAGCUCUGAAGUGGUACAGAGCUAAAUGUAACAUCCAGGCUGAGAUUGAAGAGAUGCAGGAGGAGCAGCGCUCCCUGUUGUCAGUGGAAACACUGUCAGUAUGGAAACUGAUGCUGGAUGACACGGUCCGAUGGCAGGUGCUGAGUGUGGUGGUCAUCAACAUUGGCAUGCAGCUGUCUGGCAUCGACGCUAUCUGGUUCUAUACCAACAGCAUCUUUGAAAAUGCUGGAAUUCCAGCUCCAGAGAUCCAGUAUACCACAGCAGGAACAGGAAUUAUAGAGAUCAUUGCUGGACUCAUUGGGUGUUUUACUAUAGAGAAGCUGGGCCGCAGGCCUCUCAUGAUUGGGGGUUUUACUAUGAUGGGUAUCUGCAGUACUGGGAUAACACUGGCCCUCAUUUUACAGGCUCAUUUGUCAUUCAUGCGCUAUGUCAGUGUCUGCUGUGUGGUGGGCAUUAUUGCUGGCUUCUGUAUUGGCCCAGCUGGAGUGCCGUUUCUGGUCACGGCAGAGUUGUUUAAACAAUCUCACCGACCUGCAGCCUACAUCAUAGGAGGCUCACUCAACUGGUUGUCCAACUUCACUGUGGGAUUCGUCUUCCCAUUCUUACAGAUGUCAGCUGGAGCUUACUGUUAUUUAGUGUUUGCCACCAUUUGUGCAUCUGUUGCCGUCUAUGUCUACAUUGUGAUCCCAGAGACCAAAAACAAGACCUUCAUGGAAAUCAGCCAGAUGUUCUCAAAGAAAGAGGCAGUCUUAGAGACCCAGAGUCUGAUCCAUGUUGACCAGCUAAAGCUGCGGAAGCUGAAUGGCUAUGGUGGUCUAGAACAUGCUUCAGUGGAGUUUGACAGCUCUUUGUCUGUACCUUAACUCAAACUUCACAGCCAAUUCAUUCCUUUGGUAUGUACAUUGUAACAAAACAACACCUCACCUGUACCCAGUGUGCUAUAGCUGAGUGUAGUUAUUCUGUCAACUGAAUAUUUAUAUCUAAGAUUUGUAAGAAAAUUUACUUCAUGGGUGCUAAUUAAAAAGUAUUAAUUGGUGUAAAUGCUGAACUCUGGGACCAUGGUGACAUCACAGGACUAUACAUAUAGUGAAACAGCCAGACAGGUUGGAAACAAUAAACCUGUCUGGUACGCAAACUUAAGACAAAUGUCAUUACAUUUGAAAAACCCACUUCCUCUUUGGCCUGCUGUAAUGGACCAGACCUGCCUAUGGAACGGACUGUAACUCCCAACAACCCCAGUUUGAUAAUUGGGUAAGAAAAUAGAGGAGAAUCUUAUACAGCGUUUCAAUGGCUGUUACACUUCUACACUAAAAUAUUCGAUUCAGUUUCCCUAAGGUACAUUAGUUAAGUGCCCUUGUUCUAUCUCGACCCAGCAAAUAAAUAUGUUUUUAUGUCAGUCAUGAUUUCAACCUUAAUUAUCUUGGUGAGUACGGUGCUAUGAAAAAUGUUAGCAGUGAUGUACACAACUGCAAGAAAUUGUAACCACAACUGUACUUAAAAAAAUAAUAACUGUUUUAAUUAUGUUGUCUGUGGAAGGAAAAGUAUUUUCAUGAAGAACUAAAAUACAAAUGACCUCUGGGGUCAUGGAAAAACAUAGGUCAUUUUCAAAUAAAGCCAAGCUAGUAAUUCUUCUGAAAGGUAAUUUUUUAACAUUCUCUCCUCACUGUAACCAGUGAUUUUGGGUUCUACACUUAACCAAAAUACAAGUGAAAAAAUAAUUUUCCCAGAAGGAGAUCAGAUACCAGCUAUUUGUCCCUUUUUUCCAAACUGAAAAAUCUUCUGUGUGUCAUUUGAAAUUUUUUUGGGUUCAAGCAGCUGAUGGUUGUUUAGGUUGUUAGUUUCUUACAACUGACAAGUUCAAAUUCUGUUUAGUCAGCAUUAGCAUGUGGAAUGGAAAGCCAUUAAUUAAAGAUAGAUCUUUAAUUAAUGGCUUAGAUAAGAUCUCUGUUGGGACAAAGAAAACAUGAGAGGGUGAGAUUGACGCAGCUAAAGGAGAAGUUGCUUUAUAGAAAUAAUAAAUAUUAAACAAAUUGUUAUUUCUUUGAUCAUGAAAAACCUCAGAUGCUUUGGAUAUUGUUACUGCUACUGCCCUUUUGUGUAUAUUAUAAAAGAUGCUUACUGCAGACAGUUUGGGUGGUAAAUUCUGUAAAUUGGCUUUUUAGCCAGCAUGAGUGAAAUGAAAUCGGACGUGCACAGAAUAAACUGUGUUCCUUUCAGUAGGAAACAAAUCAGAGCCUGUAGAUACAACAGCUUGUAAGAAACGGGUUGUGCACAGUACCAGACACAGUACAUGACAGAAAUAAAUCUUUUUUGAAUUUUUUGUAGUCAGUAAGUCACGAUCUAAGAAAUCCAAAUAACAAACUGCAUGUUGUUAAAUGUCACCAUUUGUUGUAUAUGUAUAUUACCUGAUGUUAAACAUGAUGUUUUCUCAACUUGGUCCUGAUAUUUUAGACUGCGUCAUUACACUGUGCUGGUUGAAUUGUUUUGCAAAGUCUUCUAAAAUAUAAUUUAUACAGAAAGCGAAACAGUUUAAAUACAUGAAAAUGUGUACAUAAGUCUAAAAGUUGUGAACUGUCAAAAGAUAACUACAUAAAUGAA